AUUGAAAAGUUCCGAUUAUAUAAAGAGAUAAUUCGGCCGUAAAUCGAUGCCAAAGCCGUGGGAAGAAUUUCUGAACAUUUAUGGCCUCGACGGGGACGAUUCUCUUUUGGAAAUGACAUCGAGACAACCACUGCUCCAUUUCCUCCGCCGCUCUCUCCAUCGCCGGCGAAUAAGCUCUUCGAUGGAGGUCGCCAAUGCACCAUUUUUGCCGAAAUCUCCGUCAGUCCUCGCCACAAACGUCAUCAAAUCGUACUUCGAAAUAGGUCUUGUAACGGAAGCCCGCGUCCUGUUCGACGAAAUGCCUGAGAAGGAUGUGGUCGCUUGGACGGCCAUGAUCAGCGGAUACGCCGCCUGCAGCCACCACACGGCGGCGUGGCGGACGUUCUGCGAAAUGCUGCGUGAUUGGGAUGGCGGCGGCGCCCGUCCGAAUGAGUUCACAGUUUCCAGCGUGCUCAAGGCGUGUAGAGGAAUGCACUCGGUCUGCUCCGGCGCGGCGGUUCACGGUGUGGCGGUUAAGCGCGGCGUUCUAGGUUUCGUUUUCGUCGAUAAUGCGCUCAUGGAUAUGUACGCGUCUUGCUGCGGCGACAUGGACAGAGUGUGCAAGAUUUUCGAGGAGACUACGGUUAGGAGCUUAGUGACAUGGACUACUCUGAUCGCCGGUUAUACGCACGCCGGAGAUGGAAACGGCGCGCUCGGAGCUUUCCGGCGAAUGCUGCUGGAUGGUUUUGAACUAUCUCCAUUCAACCUUUCCAUUGCAAUUCGAGCAUGCUCGGCGAUUGGAUCGAUGUCGAAUGGGAAGGAGAUGCACGCAGCGGCGUAUAGGAACAAGCUCGAAUUGAGCAUUCCUGUAAUGAAUUCGAUUCUAGACAUGUAUUGCAGGUGUGGUGUUUUGAGCAGAGCAUACCGAUGUUUUAAAGGCAUGCCGGAAAGAAAUAUAAUAUCUUGGAACACCAUGAUUGCAGGAUACGAAAAACCAGACCCGUUCGAGGCCCUUCGCCUUUACUCGAGCAUGGAGUUUGAAGGUGUUACGCCGGAUUGCUUCACAUUAACCUCUGUUACAGCUUCGAUAACAAACAUGGCUGUUUUGGGGGUCGGCGAGCAAGUCCAUGGCCGAAUAAUAAAAAGGGGUCACGGAGACGUAUUAGGAGUGGCGAACUCCUUGAUCGAUAUGUACGCGAAAUGCGGAGGCAUACUGAAUUCGUGCAAAAUCUUCGACGAAAUGGAGUCCAAGAACGUUAUUUCUUGGACAGCUAUGAUGAUCGGGUACGGCAGCCAUGGAUACGGGAAACGAGCAGUGGAAUUGUUCGAUAAGAUGAUCGAGUCGGGAGUGAGGCCGGAUCGAACUGCAUUCGUCGCGGUGAUAAACGCUUGCAGCCAUAACGGGAUAGUCGAAAAGGGCGUGAGGUACUUCGAGUCAAUGAUCGACGACUACGGUAUCGCACCCGAUCAAGAAAUAUACGGUUGCGUCGUGGAUUUGCUCGGCCGGGCCGGGAGGGUUAAGGAGGCGUACGACGUGAUACAGGGGAUGCCAUUCGCGCCCGACGAGUCGGUUUGGGUGGCGUUUCUCGGAGCGUGCAAAGCUUAUAAGUUCGUGGAUUUGGGAAAGAUGGCGGCGGGGAGGGUGUUGGAGCUCCGACCGAGCAUGGCAGGGACGUAUAUGGUGCUGUCGAACAUUUUUGCGGUGGACGGGAAGUGGGACGAGUUCGCAAGGAUGAGAAAGUUGCUGAAAGGGAUGGGGCGGAAGGAGGCGGGGAGGAGCUGGAUCGAGGUGAGGGAUGAGGUGAGGAGCUUUGCCGCCGGAGAUAAGUCCAGCGUGGCCGGAGUUGAAUGUGUUUAUGAAGCUGUGGAGGUGCUGGUUGUGCAUAUGAGAGAUGAUGGAUGGGAGGCUUGUUGGUAGGUGGUUUGGAGGUUGAAGAUGAAUGGUAGGUAUAUAUGUUUGUAUGUAUAUGUUGAUUGAGAGUUUCCAUGGAAUAUGGUGAUGAAGGAGGGAAUGGUUUGGUUUGGUUUGAUUGUUUUGGCGGGAGUGGAACGACACCGUUCUGUAGGAUUGGAUUUGGACGGGCAGGAUCUGGUCUUGUGUCAAUCGACGGCUGAUAUGGUGUAAGGUACAUAGGAGUAUUUAUUUAAUAUUCCACAAAUAUUUUUUUAAAAAAAGAAUAGUGUAUUGUCACAAAUAUUAAAUAAAUACCGCCUCCCUCCAUUAAAAAUAGUCUAUUUGAGUCCGGCACGAGCUUUAAAAAAAUGAACAUUUUAUUGAAAAAAUGAUAAGUAAUUUGGGGUAUUUUUUGAAAUUUAGUUAAAAAUGAAAGUAAACGAAGUGGAGAAUGUAAUAAAAUUAGUGAUAUUUGUUGUAAAUAAGUAUUGAACGAAGGAUAAUAA